AUGAAGUUUCUGAAGCUAUUCUUUCUCCUAACUAUGCUUAUUUCUUUAGCCAUUACUCUUUCGGCUACACCGUCUGAAGAAGAAUCGUUCCUUGACUUCGGUAACGAAGAUGAGGAAAAUGCUGACCUUCCUCAGCCUGAGAACCAAGAAACAGCUUCAUCUUUUCGAGGGACGAACCGCAUUCUAUCCCAGAAACGAGGUUUCAUGACAUGUAAUAAGUACCCUAGGGUUUGUCGUAUCAAGGGCAGCCCUGGGCCGGAUUGCUGCAAGAGGAAGUGUGUGAAUGUAAUGACAGACAAGCUCAACUGUGGGAGGUGCGGUAAGAAGUGCAAGUACCCAGAGAUUUGCUGCAAAGGUCAGUGUGUGAACCCAAUGUCUAACAAGAAACAUUGUGGGGGUUGCCGCAACAAGUGCAAGAAAGGGAGUACAUGUCAGUAUGGGAUGUGCAGUUAUGCAUAG